AUGUAUUUAUCCUUACAUCUUCUUUGCUUCAUCCCACUGAAUGUCCUUCCUUUCUCAGUCUUGGCUGCUACUCCCAAUCGAGGCCCGCCCUUGCCGCUCACUCACAUUAGCUUGUCAUCAUUCAAUUGGUCUCUUGCCAAUGCCAACCGUUCAAUCGUUGUUCCGACCCCCUUUCUGAAUCAGCCCCACCUUGCUCUCAUUGAGGCUGGCGUGAUCGAUGAUCCAAACAUUGGAUUGAACGAAGGCACGACCCGAUGGGUUGGCGAAGAAGAGGCCUGGACAUGGGAGACCAAAUUUAAGGUCGAUUCUGAUGGUGCAUGGGCAGAUGUGGAACGCUUUUAUCUUGUCUUCAAUGGUCUGGAUACGUUUUGUGACAUCCGUGUCAAUGGGCAGCGGAUUGCUUCCGCGGACAACGCUUUUCGGAGCUGGGUAUUUGAUGCCACCCAAGUCAUCAAAUCCUCCCUAAACCAACCAAUCUCACUGUCUCUAAGGUUUGCAUCUGCCUACGCCACGGCGUCGAGACUAGCACAUGAACCAGGUAACAUGUGGUUCCCAAAUAAAUCACCAGACAGGAAACAAUCAACAACGCUUCAACCCUUCGAGUACAGCUACCGCAAUUGGGCUCGUAAGCAGCAGUCAGAUUUCGGAUGGGAUUGGGGUCCUGCAUACCUACCUUCCGGCCCGAUAAAGCCAGCCUACUUGAUAGGCCUUUCUGCUCCGGCACAAUCCAGACUAGGGCUUGUCGACCAAGUCAAAGCUCAUCAGCCUCAAAGAAGAAUCGGUCAUACAAAAUCAUCCACUACUACUCGCGCAAACUCGGAGGGAUUGUCACUUCCUGCCGGCAAGACCCCCAAGAAAAACCACAAAAGGGAUACCAGUGAGACCGCUAGUGCACCUUCUUUUUGGGUCCACAGGACCAUAGUUGAUAUUUAUCGGACGGGCCAACGGAAUAAUCUGAUACCUGAUCAAGGCGCACCCUGGGUCAUCAACAUCACCCUUCCCAUUACAUCUGCAACACCGCUGAAUGCAACCUUGUCCGGCGUUCUUUCAGGCACCUCGGUUAAACUACCAACCAAGCAACUUAGUCUAAUCAAAACUCCACUCUAUAGAAACUUUGGUCCCGAUUAUUCUCUUACGGUACAAUACACUAUUGACCCCAAACAGGUCGAACUUUGGUACCCGGCCACUCUGGGCAACCCUACGCUAUACGAUCUCGAGUUGAAUUUGCAAGUGGACGAGCAAGAUACGUCUGCAAAAGUACAAGAUGGAGGAGGGGUGACCUGGUUGGAGAAAGUUGGAUUCCGUACUAUUGUCGUGGACCAAAGUCGUUAUACAGCUCAAGAAGUGUCGAAUGGUAUCCGGCCUGGUACCCGUUUCACUUUCAUUAUCAACGGCAAGCCUUUCUACGUCCAAGGCUCAAGCAUGAUCCCGAUCGAUAAUUUCGCCGCUCGCGCAAAUUCCUCCACUAUCCGAUGGAUUCUUGAAUCCGCUUUGCUGGCCCAUCAGAAUGUGGUCAGAAUCUGGGGUGGCGGUGCUUAUCAGACUGAUGAGUUCUACGACAUGUGCGAUGAACUAGGCAUCCUGGCUUGGUCCGAAAGCGUUUUUGCUUGCGGCGCAUAUCCCUUGUCCCCCGAAUCUUUUCUCAACAAUAUCCGCGCAGAGGUUUCUGAAAAUGUUGCAAGGUUGAACCGUCAUCCCAGCACCGCUCUAUGGGCUGGUAAUAAUGAGGGCGAAGGAUAUUUGAUUGAUGUCAAUAGGACAUGGACGAAUGGGUCAAUCUACUUUAACCAAUAUGAUCACCUAAACAACCCUCGCUACUACAAUUCCACACCCGGCGAGCUCUACGGCGACAAGGAACAUUACAACUAUGACACUUCCGUCAGCUUCAACAUUGCAUCAUAUCCGGUCGGCCGUUUUGUCAACGAGUUCGGAUUCCAUUCGAUGCCCUCCAUUUACACAUGGGAUCGUGUCCUCAAGUCUCCCAAAGACUAUGAUUUCAAUUCCACCGUGAUCCGCGCUCAUAACAAACACAACCCCGCCGAAUCCUUGAUAUAUCCUUGGCCGGCGGAUGAUGGUCAAAUGCAGAUGACAACCGGGGUGACGGAUCAUUAUCCCACUCCCAACAUCACGGGUGACUAUCACAGUCUGUUAGCACAAUGGUCCUACUCAACCCAAGUAUUCCAAGCAGCCUUCAUGGCUUCUCAAAUUCAUUACUACCGACUUGGUGCCAGCCGCGGUGAAAACAACAUGGGGGCGGUUUACUGGCAGCUGAAUGACGUCUGGGAAGGUAUUAGUUGGUCAUCAAUGGAAUACACAGGUCGAUGGAAGAUUUUUCACUACAUCGCGGCGCGCGUUCAAUCGCAUGUCAUAAUCUCCCCAAUAUUCCACCAGGCAAACAACACAUUGGAUAUUUAUGUCACAUCCGACUUAUGGCAAUCAGUUGAAGGCACUGCUCAAUGGACGUGGUACGACUUUGCGGGUCAAAGGUUGUCCAACACGACGACGAAGAGCUUCUCAGUUGCGCCAAUACAUUCAACUCAGCUGUACCAUGCGGGAGGUCUAUCCGAGAUGGUUCCUAAUGGACACCCGCCGAACGACGCUUGGAUGCACCUCACCUUGACCACCAGCGAUGGUAAACACACCAACGAACAAUUCUUUCACCCUGUCGCACUCAAGGACUGCAAGCUGCGACAGACCAAGCUUCGGACUCAGCCGAUUGGCCAUAACCAGGUUUCGGUCGAAGUAGCGACUGGUGGAGUGGCUGCUUGGGUAAACGUUGAACACCCUCCUGGUGUGCGCGGUUACUUUAAAGACAUGAAAACAAAGCUCCCUUCAAAUGAUUUCUUUCUCAGACCCAACGAGAAGAGGAAUUUGGAAUUUGUUUUAAGAGACCAAGAUGACGAUGACUUGACCCUAAAUCUAGAGUCCAAAAUGGUUGUUCGCACUCUAUGGGACAAUCAGCAGCCCAAAUGA